AUGGCAGAAUCUGUAGGGAUGAAGGUUGGCGAGUGGUUCGCGUUUUAUGUUCUGGAUAAGCUGGUCAGCAAGGUCUUCUCCUACUUCUCCGACCGAUGUGAUCUGCUCAAAGGCGUGGAGGACAUGCUGCAGGACGUGGAGGACCGGCUUCCGCCCAUCCGAGCGGUGAUCGACGCGGCCGAGGGGAUGCCUGUCAGGGAUCAGGCGCUGGCCAAAUGGAUGGCCGAGCUCAAAGACGCCGCAUGCGCGGCAGACGAUGUCGUGGACGAGUUCGAGUUCAGAGAGCUGCACGACGGAUUGCAUCAGCGGAGCAAGGUGGGCGAGCUAUCAUCCUCGGCUCACAAACUUCUCAUGCAUUUUACCUUCUCUGACGAGGACCUCAUUAAAAGCUUGAAGAAUCUUGUAGAGAAUCUUGAUAAAAUUUAUGCUGACAUAGGCCGCCAGGAAUUGAAGCUGGAUCAGUACUGCAAAGAUAAGAAGGAAGCCGCGGAAGGAAGCCACCGCGGCCUGCAGGGAGACCAGCUCGUUCCUGCUGGCAGACAAGGAGAGCCGGCUGAUGGUGGUGGCACCACUACAUGCAGCUGUGCAGCGGGGAGCAGCAGCGGUCCUGGUCUUGCCGUUCUUCCGAUCAUAGGUAUAGGAGGAGUCGGCAAGACAACUCUUGCACAGCUUAUCUACAACGAUCCAAGGGUAGCCCAGCACUUUCAACUCCGGAGGUGGGUCUACGUCUCCAACAAUUUCGACGUGAAAAGGAUCUCCAAAGAGCUGGUGCAUGGGGCGAUUGCCGAUCCUCGCUUCGUCGAUAUCAGUUUAGAUGAGGCUCUAGUGAAGCUCACGGAUGCCACUAGGAAUGAAAGGUUCUUGUUCGUACUCGAUGACGUGUGGGACGAGAGAGGAAUCAAGUGGAAGGAGCUCCAUAGCGCGUUGACACUUGGAUCGAAAGGAAGUACUGUUUUAGUAACUACUCAAAGCCCGGUUGUGGCAGAUCUUAUGGGGACCGUGGAACCCAUUGAGUUGAAGUGCUUGGGGGACGACGACUAUUGGGAGCUCUUUGAACAUUGCGCGUUUGGCGAUGAUCAGGAUCAGCUUGAUGGGAGCAAGCGGAGAAGGCUGCAAUUAAUUGGUCAAGAAAUAUCAAAAAAGCUACACGGCUUACCGCUUGCAGGAAAGGUGCUCGGAACUCUGCUCCAAUCUGAACAAGAAGAGGGGUACUGGAGAUCAAUCUCUGAAAGCGAGUGGUGGAAGCAAGAACUUGCGCUAGAUAGCAUCCUUCCGUCUCUUGGAUUGAGCUAUCAGCACAUGAACACGAACCUGAAACAAUGCUUUGCUUACACUUCUAUAUUCCCGAGGGGUUACGAAUUCCAGAAGGAACAACUGGUCCACAUGUGGAUUGCUCAGGGAUUUAUCCAAUUCGACUCCGACCAGAGAACCAGACCGGAGGACUCAGGCAAUCGCAUGUUUGAUGAGUUAACCAACAGGCACUUCUUUUUCCCUACGAUGAAUAACAAGUUUGUGAUGCAUGAUCUGAUCAGAGACUUGGCCGUGUAUGUUUCAUUGGAUGAAUGCUAUGUCGUCAGUGAGUGGCCGGCAAUGUUUCCAGCAACCGUUCGUCACUUAACUCUCAACACAGAUAAUCUAGAUGCGCUAAAAGACGUCCCCAAGUUUCAAAAUUUACGAACUAUCAUAUUUUUUCGGGAUUAUGAUUCUUCAGAACUUCAUGGGAUUCUCGAAGGCAUCUUAAAGAAUCUCAAAAGCCUGCGGGUGCUAGAUUUAUCGCGCAGCGGCAUACAAGUAAAAAAGUUACCAGAUACUAUCUGUGACCUAUCACAUCUUCGGUACCUAGAUAUUUCGUGCACUGGAAUCAGACAAAUUCCAAAACAGUUUUCCAGGCUUUGCCAUCUGCAGGUUCUUAACUUGCAGCACUGCCACUUUAGGAACAUGCCUGAAGGAAUGAACAGACUGAUAAACAUGCGACAUUUAUACGCAGGAGCUGAAACGAUUGCUCUAAUUGAUGGGAUCGGGAGGCUUACCGACCUUCAGGAGUUGGAAGAAUUCCGUAUCACAAGGAAGAGAGGGCACCGGAUCGGAGAGUUGAAGGGACUGAGAAAUCUCCGGAGGCGACUUGUUAUACAACAUCUUGAGAGUGUGGAAACUAGGGAGGAGGCCAUGGAAGCCGACUUAAAGAACAAAGAAUACCUUAAUGCACUAUUUUUGAAUAGGAAGCCUGAUGUAAAAGGCCAGAGUGACCUGGAGGAGGAUAUGUUUGAAGGCCUAGAACCACAUUACAGUCUUAAAGAGCUUACAAUUCGGCAUUAUGGAGGUGCGACACUUCCAAAUUGGCUGGCAAAGAAGCAGCACCUCACCAAUCUAGAAUAUGUUUAUCUAAGCAACUGCGGUAGGUGUGCGAGUCUACCACCCCUCGGGCAGCUUCCUUUUCUCAAGGUCCUGACCAUUAACACAUUGCCUGCGGUAAAACGAAUCGGAGUUGAAUUCUAUGGGGAUGCUGAUCAAGUCUUUCCAUCACUCAAGGAGCUCACGUUUACCGACUUGAAGGAAUGCGAAGAGUGGUCUCACACUGAUGGUCGGCAAUUUUUCCCUCGACUCCGUCUGCUCCACAUUUAUAAUUGCUUGAAGCUGAGAAAAGUCCCACUUCAUUACUUAAGUUCAGAAGUGAUUGACCUCAGAAUUAUUGACUGUGGUGACUUCGGUGAUGCCCUGCUUAGAUGUCUACAGAGCCUGACCUCCCUAGUCCGCCUGGAAUUGAGGGAGUACCCACAUAGAACAUCAGUUUGUCCGUCUAACCUAAGGCAUCUAGAGUCGUUGGUCCUUAGAUGCUCGGAGUUUAGCUUACUUACCGGGUUUCGGUCCCUCACUAGCCUGAAAGAUUUGCAAAUUGAAGAAUGUCCCAAGUUGAAUGAUUUCAUGCAGACUGAGCAGCCAUAUGAGGAUCCGGAUCUGAAAUCACUCUCUUUUUUUAGCACGGAUGAUAUCCCUUUCAACAAUGUAUGGAUCACACUAGGAACCGUCCGCUCCCUCCGUCGUAUGACAUUUCACAACUGCGUUCGUCUUGCUUGCUUCAAGGUAGAGCAGGAAGAAUGGUUCCAGAAGCUAAUCUCACUUGAAGAACUAUCAUUCAUGGCGUGUCGAAAUUUGCAGAGCCUUCCUGCUUCUCUAGUAACCUUUUCCUCCAUCAAGAAGUUGUCCAUAGGCCUCUGCCCUGAGAUUAAAUCAUUGCCAGAGAAUGGCCUACCAGCUUCGCUUAAAGAAUUGCGCAUCUGGGGCUGCCCUUUGCUGAAGGAGCGCUGCAUAAAGGAUCAAGGAUUAGACUGGCAGCUUAUUGCUCACAUUCCUUAUAUAUGCAUUGAUGAUAAAGCAGUACAAAUUCUAUGA